AUGGGUGUAUCCAUACAAAGCUUGUGUUUCUCUCUUUUCAUUAUCCUCGCCAUCUCCGGCCAAGCAUAUGGCUUCGGUGCGGGGAACAUUGCAUCACUUUCUUCGAUCGAAGGCCAGAACUGGCGCCACGGUGAUAUCGAAGAUGCACUUUUGAACCUCUUCCUGGCUCGAGGAGCGGGUGGACAGAAGUUUAGCAAGUUGGAUGUGAAACGCGUUUACUUUGGGAACUGGUUGCGGGAUUAUAGCCAGGCUGUUGAUGUUGGCACAGUCAAAUAUGUUAGUGCGGAGGCUAUCCGUAUUCUCAUCUGGGUGCUGGGUUUCAUGAGCUUUGGCUACGGUACUGGCGAGUUUGAGGUUACCACGGAAAGACUUGGAUGUUAUCAGCCUACGGAACAUAUCGAUAAUCCUCAGGGAUAUGCGGAGGGAGAUGAUGCACGCAACUACGACACACGUCUGCGUGGCCCGGUGGACGAGGAGCGGGAACUCUCUAUCGACCCGCGCACAGGUCUGAAAUACUACAUUGCAUCUGAGGAUAUGGGUAUCGACACCUCAGCCAACCUGAUCCGCAAUACUCUCGGUCGUUCGAUCAAGUACGGUCGUCGUUAUGCUCGUUCCGGAAACAAGGACGAUCUAUACGAGGCCCUUCGAUUGUUGGGAACAGGCUUGCACUGCUUGGAGGAUUAUGCUGCUCAUUCAAACUACACCGAGCUGAGUCUGAUUGAGCUUGGAGAGACUGAUGUCUUCCCGCACGUCGGGCGUGACACGAUGCUGGAAGUCCAGGGUGCGCGCGACUUGGUUUAUCCCAUUGUGACCGGAACCUUUGGCGGAGUCGAUUUCUUCCACUCGGUGCUCGGUGAAUUUACCGAUAAAGCCAUGCAAUCGGAGAUGCAGUCUUUGGAAGGCGUUAUUGCCGAAUCCGAAAAUGAUGAUUCCUCGGAGAGUGUCCUGCAGGGACUGCUGAGCAAGAUUCCUAGCGGAUUAUUUGGCGAUAGUGCCGAGACAAGCAAGAUGGAUGAUUUCAAGGCAAAGGCCGACGAGGCUAAGCACAAUACCCCUGAGGUCUCUCCACGGGAGCCAGAGGAAUGGACUCGCUAUCUCGACGAUGUUCAGAAACAAAUUUAUCCCGUCCUGGAGUGGCAUGACAAACUGCUGAAAGCAAUCAACGAGGCGAUUGAGAAGAUCCCCGUGUUGCCGGAGCUGAUUGAGCAAAUUCAAAACGAGAUCACGAUUUUCGUCUUCUCCGUCAUCGCUCCCUAUGUUCUCCCCAUCAUUCGGCAGGUCAAAUCCGAGCUGGAGACUGGUUCCUCGGAGGUGAUCCAGAGUAGCCAGCAACAACAGCAUAUCGUCUUCAACGAUGACUCGUCAUCCAACCCUACCCAUUCAAUGCUUUCCAAAGACCAUUUCUCGAACGUGCUCAACGAGCCAGCCGGACGCAUCGCUUCUAGCGUUGUCAAGUGGACAGUUCCCCAGCUGAUGCAAUGCUGGGACGAUGAAGACGCCGAUAUCGACCGAACACUUACCAGAAUCAUUUCCGGUGUGUUCCACCACCCCGCUCUCCGCGAGUACGGGGACGAUGGCGCGAACGAAAUCCGCAGCAUCAUGUUCUCCACAGUCGAAGAAUGGUGGAAUGAGAAGGGUAGCGAGGCGCAGGACAGUCUCCGCGAACAGCUGAGUCGGGAUGGUGUUUUCGAGGGCAAAAACCACAAGGAAGGUGUUCAAGACUGUGGACAUGGUUGUGGAAAACCUCUUGCUCUACCCAAGGUCAGCAACAACUCUGGUGGCGAGUCUCAGUCCAAUGGACUCGAGGGCAUUGCCUCGCAAGCGUUGGGAGGAGGAGCUCUCGGCGGACUGGUUGGGGGUCUUGUUGGUGGAAUGGGAUCGAUGAUUUUGAAUGAUGCCAAUGGUCGACAAAGUCCGGAGGAGCGAGAUGAUAGUGAUAGUGACUCUCGCCGUCGCAGGCGCCACCACAGUCGCCGUGAAGACGAGUCGACGGAUGGCGAUUUCCCGUCUCAUUCUCAUGAGGAAUAUCCUUCCGGUGAUGGGUAUGCACAGCGUACCGAUCAAUAUUAUGCUGGUGGUUAUUCUCGUCCUGAUUAUCCACCUAAUCCCCCCAUGCACCCUCCGCCCAUGCAGGGCUACCAACGCGAGGAAUAUCAGCAGUAUCAGCAGGAGGGUGGAGGCUAUUAUCGACAGGAGCGACGUGAGGAAUACUAUGAAAGUAGUCAGACCGAGUAUGUGCAGACCGAGUCGCGCUACGACUAUGGACCACCACGUCCUGCUUUCCCUCCCAUGGAACAGCCCGGGUACGGCGGAGGAUUUGAACAAGGCUAUCAACCCGGUUACGGCCAACCGCCACCACCACGUGGUUUCGACGAAUAUGAGAGACCUAGCUACCCACCUCAAGACGGCUACGGCGGGAGAUUCGAGGAGAGAGUGGAGUAUGUGGAACGGCGUCCUCGAGAGGAUUCUAGAGAUCGCUCAGGGUCCGGAAGUGGUAGCGAUGAGGAACAUUCUCAUCGACGUCACCGACACCAUCACCACCAUCACCACGAGGAGCAUUCUGAUUCGGAUUCAGAUUAG